CUGUUCAUUUUUAUUGCUGUAAGAGACGACACCCAGCCAUCUGAUUGAUGGCAUAAUUCAAUAAAUGACGUUUUCCUGUGAGUCCCUUCUCUACGACGAUGACCCCCUCGUAAAAUCCCGGCCCCUUUGCUCUGCAAGCUUCGCGUCAUCAGCAUCCUGGAUGAACCACUUUAGCUGACUGAUUGAACAUCCAAACGACACGAUAAACUUUUUUGUCUCAGCUUAGGUACUUUAAGUAUUAAGUGUUAUCUCAGAUAAGCUAAUUAUAUUCUUAAUUAAAAGUUACCUUAAGUCUUUAGUUUUUUAUUGAGUUUUGUUGGAAUUGCAUCGGUAUCAGACAUGAGAUGUGAUUCUGUUAAAACUGGUCUAAAAUGUUCGUUAUUUUUGUGCGAUAACAAAAAAACGUGUCGAUUUUUCUUCUAAAAAGAUAAAAAAUAAAAUUGAAAACAAAAAAUGUCUUUGAAGCAAAGAAUUACUGGAGCAGUUGCUGUUUUACGAGGUGCACCUAUUCCAGAACCGCAACAAAAUGUUGAAGCAGGAGAGAAAGAAAAAAAUCCUGAUUCGGAUGAGCCAAAGUCCAAUAAAUACCAAGCAUUAAAAAAAUGGUUUUCAAUGAAUUUAUUGCUGGUGCUGACAGUAAUUGGAGUUUUUAGUGGACUGGGACUGGGAUUUCUCGGUCGUCUAGCCAAUUUAUCACCAGACACAAUAAUGCUUGUAAAUUACCCCGGAGAAAUCUUGAUGCGUCUGCUAAAAAUGUUCAUUUUGCCACUGAUUAUCUCUUCAUUAAUUACUGGAAUGGCUCACAUGGAUCCUAGGAGUUCUGGACGAAUGGGCUACAGAGCGCUGACUUAUUACACAGUGACGACAUUAUUAGCAGCUAUAGUUGGUAUCGCAGUGGUCCUUGCAAUUCAUCCUGGAGACCCGCUGAUCAAAAAUUCCGUAUCGACAACCUCUGCUUUUUCAGAUGCUUCUAAAGUUUCAACUCUAGACGCUCUUUUAGAUAUUGGACGAAACAUGGUCCCAGAAAAUUUAAUCCAAGCGAGUUUCCAACAAGCCCAGACUACGUAUGUAAAAAAACCAGUGAUCGUAGUCUUCGGUCGAACGAACAACAGCGAAACUGUAAUCGAACGGACACUAAUUUACAAAGACGGUACCAAUGUGUUGGGGAUGAUUGUCUUCUGCAUAACUUUUGGUGUCUUAGUUGGCCAACUGGGGCCCAAAGCCCAGAUUAUGGUUGACUUUUUCGGCGCGCUAAAUGAGAUAAUCAUGAAGAUCGUUCAUCUUGUCAUAAUCUGGUACUCGCCUUUCGGAAUAAUGUGUCUGAUAGCCGGCAAAGUGAUGUCUAUAGACAACAUAGUAUCCACUGCCCAAAUGCUGGGAUUUUACAUGAUCACUGUCGCGAUCGGUUUGUCAAUCCACGGUCUCAUUACUCUGCCGCUAAUUUUCUGGGUCAUUACAAGAAGAAAUCCAGCGACUUACUUCAAGGGAAUGAUCCAAGCUUGGAUUACUGCUGCCGCGACUGCUUCUAGUGCAGCUGCAUUGCCAAUAACAUUCAGAUGUUUGGAAGAAAAUAAUAAAAUAGACGCUCGCGUUACACGAUUCGUUGUUUCCGUGGGAGCUACCGUAAACAUGGACGGUACGGCAUUGUACGAAGCGAUUGCUGCUAUUUUUAUUGCCCAGUUGAACGGAAUUUCUCUGAGUUUUGGCGACAUUAUCACCGUUAGUUUCACCGCUACGCUGGCGAGUGUUGGAGCUGCUAGUAUUCCAAGUUCUGCUCUGGUGACCAUGUUGUUGGUAUUAGGAGCACUUGGACUCCCGACUAAUGAUGUUUCUCUUCUAUUUGCUGUCGAUUGGUUGCUAGACCGACUGAGGACCUCGGUAAAUGUCCUCGGAGACGGAUUUGGCGCGGGGAUAGUUUAUCAUUUGAGCAAAGACGAGCUUGAUCUAGUGGACCAGGCUAAAAAAAUAGAUACCAUAGAAUUAGGCGACCCGGAAGCUGAAAAUUCAAGUGCAAAUCAAGUAGCUGAAGUUUCAGAAACUAAAAUUUAAAUAAAAAAAAAUUUUUGGAAUAUUUUUUUAUAAAUUGUCACUAAAAAAGCUGCCGUGACUUAUUCAAACAUUUAGAUAUUUAUUAACUGUAUUACAUGCAUGCCAAGUACAAAGCUUCAAAUUGAACAUUAAAUUAAAUUUGUCAUAUUGACGUGUUUGGUUCAUUUUCUUUGAUAAUAAAUUAAUAAUUAAAUUACAAACAUAUUAACUGUAAAUUUGAUGUAUUAUAAUGAAAAUAAUUAAUAAUUUUAUAAUUAUUAAAGAAUUAACUAAUAAAUAGUAUGUUAUUCAAUAGUUUUUAAAUAUAUUAUUUUCUUAUACAUCAACAUCGAUAAUUCAAAAUGUGAAAAAGUGUAAAGUCACUCAUAAUAACAUCGUUAUAAGUGCGAUUUAUUUACAAAAUUUAUCUAGGGUUUAAUAGACGUGGACCAUGCCGUACAGGAAUCUGUUUAAAUAAUUUUAAUUAAGGAAAAUAAUUUUUAAUUAAUAAGAUAAAAAAAUAAUUAUAAUGAAUAAAUAAAUAUUAGAAAGGAUACGUCCAGAAUAAAAUGUACGUCUGCAGAUGAUAAUAAAUUUGUUAAGGAAAAUA